AUGGUGUCCUUGAAGCUGCAGAAGCGGCUCGCCGCGAGCGUGCUCAAGUGCGGGAAGGGGAAGGUCUGGCUCGACCCCAAUGAGACCAGCGAGAUCUCCAUGGCCAACUCCCGUGAGCUCCUCCCGCCGCGACCCUUUUUCACUAUUCCUUACGAUUGAUCCUCUUUUUCGCUUGUGAUUUGACUGGGGAGGGGUUGCUCAACGAUGACAAAGAUUUUUUGCUGCCAAGAUAUGUUCGAGAUCGUCAUAUCCUCGUAGCUCUGUUUCAUCUCCCGGCAGAUUUUGUUGCUAUAAUUCUAAAUCUGUAUAUGUGGUUCUAUCUACGGAAAACCACUUAAAUUGGCUCUAAAUACACUUUCUGUCGAGCUGUAGUUUGUGUUCCACCUUUACGCCGUGGGAGCGUCUUUGUGUUCGUAAAACUAACAAUAUAAGGGGUGAAAAUAGAAAAUAAUUCCGUCUAGGACUUUAUGGCAGUGUAAUGUCUACUUUCUUUUCGUUUACCGCCAACGCGACUUGUCAAUCUUUAUAUGCUUUGCGAUUUUGUUAGGCAGAUCCACGCGAAACUCUAUAUAGGUCGACUUCGUAGCGAUGUUAUCUCUUGUUCUGUUGUCGGGGAAUGGAAUGUAGACAAAGAUAUACAUAAACUGUCACCAGGUUUUGCAGAGAUUUUCGUUCACACCAGGUGGACAAAGGAAGUAUUAUGUUAAGAGCUAAAUCGCAUAAAUUUGCUGAUAUCGUCACAAUAUCGCCGUCAUCAUCCACCAAAUAUACGUUUUUAUUUACUCCUUAAAUUACAGGGUUAUCUAUUCUAUUGUGUGUGCGUAUUCAAGGAACUGGCUGCUUAGAAAGAGUAUGCAAAUUCUUUGAAUUCAUCUCUCUCGUGUUUAGUUGCUUUCAUUUUUCCUGUCUUAAAGGUGUCGCACACAUUCGAUAGGUUUAGUUGUCUGGUUUUGAUGACACAUUGAUUAGUUUGAGAUCACUUGCCGGAGUCCAGAUGACGAAAUAGAUCAAAAGGAUUUAUGACUUUCUGUGUGAGGCGUUAGAAAAACUACUCGUGUCUCUUGGAAGGAAGAUUUUUACGUCGCAUGCUACCCCAAUCAAUUACAUCAAGGGAAUAUACAUUGAAGUCAAGAUAAAACCAUGCAAAAAAUCAGCUUGAGUUUGUUUUAUGAGGUACAGAUAUUAAAGAACCGAAGUGAGUCUGACUUAGAGGACUCUGAACAUGUGGGGUUAUGUCAAUCCCCCUGGAGUGGACAACCUUUGCACUCCCACUAGUUCAAGUCAACAAGAAAUGAUGCCCCAAUUAGACAGAAAAGUGAACAAAAAUAAUUGGAUUAAAUAAUGCCUUAUAUUUUUUUAGUAUGAUGCUGUGGCAAGAUAAUCAUAAUUCUCAGUUUUCACAAACAUCCACCCAUUAUUAGAAGGGAAAUAUGUGGGUUUUUCUACAUCACCUUCCCCAGACCUUGUGGAACAACAUGGCUGAAUGAUUCACGUAUUCCUCCUUGCAGUGGGGGUGGGGGGGCCUUCGUCUGGUUUCUUUUCCCUCAUUUCCAGGCAUCUUGCGCCCUCAGCUCAUCAAAUUUCUUCGUGUGGAAUUGCAGGGCAGAACAUUAGAAAGCUGGUGAAGGAUGGAUUCGUCAUCCGCAAGCCUACAAAGAUCCAUUCUCGCUCCCGGGCUCGUCGGGCAAUGGAGGCCAAGAGGAAGGGGCGCCACUCUGGAUACGGUGCAGAGACAUUAUAGAGGAUUCCAGCCUCGCCCUUCUCCCCAGAUGCGUAAAAAUCGCCACCCCUGCUUUUCUCACCCGCCCUUCCCUUCCGUGUUUACUACUUCAGGUAAGCGCAAGGGUACCAGGGAGGCGAGACUCCCCACCAAGGUGCUCUGGAUGAGGAGGAUGCGGGUCCUCAGGCGCCUGCUGAGGAAGUACCGGGAGUCCAAGAAGAUCGAUAAGCACAUGUACCACGACAUGUACAUGAAGGUCAAGGGUAACGUGUUCAAGAACAAGAGGGUCUUGAUGGAGAGCAUUCACAAAUCCAAGGCGGAGAAGGCCCGGGAGAAGACCCUCUCCGACCAGUUUGAGGCCAAGAGGGCCAAGAGCAAGGCCAGCAGGGAGAGAAAGCUCGCCAGAAGGGAAGAGCGCUUGGCUCAGGUGAGAGAUAAAACCCCUCCCCUGAUCACCCUCCUCUUUAGUAACACUGUGACCGAUGAACUCUCUUUCUACCCUGAACAGGGGCCAGGAGAGAAGCCUCAGGCGCCCCCUCCUGCUACUCAGGCACCCCCGGCGACCGAGUAAGUAGUAGUACCCUUCACCGGUCCUCUUUCUGUAAAAAUCGCGCCUUUCUAAGAGCAAGUGUUCUGUGUCGCAGGCCCACCAAGAAAUCCAAGAAGUGA